AUGCUCAGAGGGCAGAAGAUGACAACUACCUCUUCCGAGAAGGAGGUGCCGCAUCCCUCCGUGCAAAGUCGCAAGUUUGCGACACGAUCUUGUCGAGGCUGCCAUCAGCGCAAGAUCCGUUGUGACCGUGCAGUGCCUUGCACUAACUGUUCAAGAUGUGGUAUUAUCUGCGUGUAUCCGACAAAGGAGUCGGAUAUGGCACGGAAAGCCCCUACUCUCCAAAGCAUAGCUAACCGGCUGGAACGACUGGAGGAUUUGCUAUCACGUCUUGUCGAGGAUGGUCAAAUCACUACAGUUGCAGCCGGUGGCCGUAGGCGCGAGUCCCAGACACAAGUUCCAUUCCAUUCUGGUGCAAAUGUCAAUAGAACUGAAGCUGCAAAUCAACAUCCAUCCAACCAAGACCCGGGCGCUUCAACAUGGGAGUUGCUAUUGAAUGAGGAAGAGGUCGUCCAGUAUGCAAAUAAGUCACUACCGGGGAAUGAGGAACGAGUCCGAAAUCCACCAUCAACUGCCUCGGGAACAACCUUUUCGCAUAUUCAGAAGAGUACAAAGGCUCACCAUACACCCCAUGCACAGUCAAAUGCUUCUUCUUUGUCUUCAAAUUUUUUCGACGCGCUGGAUUUCUACCCUGACACCCAGCUAGCUCUUCGGUUAUGGAAUGUAUAUGUCAAGUCGGUCGACCCGGUCCUCAAAAUUUUGCAUAUACCAACUGUUCAAUCUAUAUUUGUUGAAACUAUUUUGGAUCCCAAAUCUGCACAGUCUUCCAUAGUGGCGUUGACAUACGCCAUCUAUUUUGCCGCCGUCACGGCCCUCUGUCAUGAUGAUAGUGAACCCAUGGCCCUGCCCUCCGAGAAACACGAGCUCUUGAAACGUUACAAGAAAUCCUUAGACCAGCUUCUCAUGGCCACAGAACUUAUGAAUCGACCUGAGUUGGUGUCAUUACAGGCCCUCGCAAUAUACGCUACUUGUCUACGCGUCCAUGAAGUUGGCCGAAGUGUUUGGGUUCUUAAUGGGCUAGCGAUCCGACUUGCUCAAUCAAUUGGCCUGCAUCGAGACGGUGCCUCCCUGCAACUGAGUCCAUUUGAUACGGAAAUACGUCUUCGUCUCUGGUGGCAUUUAUGCGUGCUCGAUUCCCGUGCCCCAGAGGAUCAAGGAUUCCAACCUACCGUUGAUGUUAUAAACCGCGGGUUACGACUUCCCCUAAAUGUGAACGACAAUCAAAUCUAUCCAGGCAUGACGCGUCUUCCAGUGGAAUCGCACGGUUGGACAGAAAUGUCUUUCUUUUUGAUCCAAACAGAAUCCUGCCGGCUACUACAUCCGAUUCUUAACAUACAAUAUCAAUAUUCGACCAAUGCUUUUCUAGGCAUUAGAGAAAAAAGAAACCUUAUAGACGAGCAUGGCCGAUCUUUAAUGGCUAAAUAUGGUAUGCUACCUGGCGAUGCAGCAGCAGCAUCCACAGAUCUAUUACACAUCGCAAUUCAACAUACCGCUACUGCCCAUAAAAAAAUGCAAUUUGUUCUACAAUUACGAGAGGAAGUCAGUAUGCAAAAGCAAAAAGGCGCCCAAGGUGAUUCAAUCUCCGACGUGGAAAAACGGUCUUUUAAGUUGGCCUGUGAAGCGUUAGAAUGCAGUCGCGUGCUAUUGAGAGAGGGCAUUGCUUCUAGAUCUGGAUUGCAAUGGUUUUUCAAAAUGUACACGCAAUGGUACGCUCUCGCCUACGUUCUGCGCUGUCUCUGUGGCAGUCCUCAGGGACCCGAGACCGAACGUGCCUGGACAUUGGUUGAGGAGCUUUUCCCCCUCGGAAUGAGUCUUGAUGAUGAAUAUUGGCACGGUAGCAUUUGGUCAUAUCUCAAUCUACUCCGUUCUCAAGCUUCGUCGUUAAGACAGUAUGACCAACGGCCGUCAACCGGAGGAAAUGAACAUUCUAUUUCCUCCCACACUCUUCCUCCAGAUGUCAAAAUUCCUCCUUCCACCGACACUCCAGAAACAACACCAACAGGAGCAGCGCAUGGCACAUCCGGCUUUUCAGAGCUAGACCAAGAGUUAAUUACUGAUUCCAAUCAGACGUUUUUCUCAUCUCUAGAUUUGUCAAUGCCAGAGUUCCCAUUUUUGCCCGAUUGGAAUGCCAUCAUUAAUGGGUGUCUAAUCAAUGAUAUUCCUGAAAUCGAUACAUAUUCAUGUGGCGAUUACCCUGCUGACAUCGCAUAG